GUGAGAGUGGGUCGGGAGCCGCUUCCAGGUUCCUGAGAUCCGGAGUAGCCGGCGGUCGGAGCAGCUCCUCAAGAGUGAUUGAUCUAUGAAAUGGCAGAGAAUGGAAAGAAUUGUGACCAGAGACGUGUAGCAAUGAAUAAGGAACAACACAAUGGAAAUUUCACAGAUCCUUCAAUGAAUGAAAAAAAGAGAAGGGAUCGGGAAGAAAGACAGAAUAUUGUUCCGUGGAGACAGCCACGUGUUACCUUACAGUAUUUUUUCCUGGAAACCCUUGUAAUCUUGAAGGAAUGGACCUCAACAUUAUGGCAUCGUCAAAGCCUUGUGGUGUCUUUUUUACUGCUGCUUGCUAUGCUUAUAGCUACGUAUUGUGUUAAAGAAGCACAUCAACAGUAUGUGCAACGUAUAGAAAAACAAUUUCUCUUGUAUGCCUACUGGAUAGGCUUGGGCAUUUUGUCCUCUGUUGGGCUUGGAACAGGGCUGCAUACCUUUCUGCUGUAUCUGGGCCCACAUACAGCUUCAGUUACAUUAGCUGCUUACGAAUGCAAUUCAGUGAAUUUCCCUGAGCCUCCCUAUCCCGACCAGAUUAUCUGUCCAGAUGAAGAGGGCGCUGAAGGCGUUUCUUUGUGGAGCAUCAUUUCAAAAGUUAGGGUUGAGGCCUGCAUGUGGGGUGUCGGUAUAGCCAUCGGAGAGCUGCCUCCGUAUUUCAUGGCCAGGGCAGCUCGCCUGUCAAGUGCUGAACCAGAUGAUGAAGAGUAUCAGGAAUUUGAAGAGAUGCUGGAACACGCGGAGGCUGCCCAAGACUUUCCCUCACGAACUAAACUGGCUGUUCAAAAGCUAGUACAGAAGGUUGGAUUUUUUGGAAUUUUGGCUUGUGCUUCCCUUCCAAACCCUCUGUUUGAUCUGGCUGGAAUAACAUGUGGACACUUUCUUAUACCUUUUUGGACCUUCUUUGGUGCAACACUGAUUGGAAAAGCAGUCAUUAAAAUGCAUAUACAGAAAAUCUUUGUUAUAAUAACAUUCAGUAAGCACAUAGUAGAGCAGAUGGUGGCUUUCAUUGGUGCUGUCCCUGGCAUAGGUCUGUCUCUGCAGAAGCCCUUCCAGGAAUACCUGGAGGCUCAGCGGCAGAAGCUUCACAAAAAAAAUGAAAUGGGCACACCACAGGGAGAAAACUGGUUGUCCUGGCUGUUUGAGAAGCUGGUCGUUGUGAUGGUGUUUUACUUUAUCCUGUCAAUCAUUAACUCCAUGGCACAAAGCUACGCCAAACGAAUCCAGCAGCGGUUGAACCCAGGAGAAAACUAAAUAAGCUGAGAAAGUUUUAACUGCAGAAAU